AUGGUGGAUGCGAAACUGCGAAAACAUCGUGCUGAUAUUCAGGUAGGUAUCGAAAUUAUGUUUUCUAAUAAAACCAUACUGCAUGGCGCAGCAUAUAGCAUUCUGGCAUACCAGUAUAUUAUGUAGUUUCUUUGUGGAAGAUCCGUGCAGCUAGAUCAGAAAUUUCCAGCAAAAGUUGUUCGGUGAUAUAUUUAGCAAAAAUGAUGGGUAUUCGCAGGAACUUGAACAUUUCAAGUAAAGGCUCUUUCUAGGAGGUUGUUGGAGCUAUUAACCCCCUGACGAAAGGGCAUCGCUCAAGAUGUCGAAGUGUAGCCUACUAAUGUAUUUCAUUACUUGCUAUGAUUUCAUUCACGUAUUUCGGACACAAUCCUCAGGCAGCUUAAUUAAUUUUUACAAAAACCUUUCUGUUGUAUAAUAGUACCACCUGCAUUGGUACACUGCAAUAGUAGAAAUAGUACCACCUGCAAUAGUACCACCACCCUUGCGUUUGAAACAUUCACAGGAACAAACAAAUACAAACUAGCAUAACUAGAGACCUAAAUAAAAAGUCUACUAAGAUUUCCAGUAGGUCUCUAGCCCGCACUCUACAAUUAUUGUAAAUAUACUACACAUAAAUUUAUUGUACAUGGGGAAAAUUUUUGAAAUAAAAAAUAAAAAUAAAGAACAUAGCGGCAUUUAAAUAAAGUAGGAAACCGCAAAACUUAAGUGUGUGACAUUGUGUAAACCCUGUUUUAAAGACACCUUCUUUGCGAAGUCUUGGAGUCAAAACGAUGGAAUGCCGCCACUGUGUCUGCCUUUAGUUACUGGAUUUAGCCAUAUGGCAACCGUGAAUGUUGUGUAUGGAAGAGUGCGGAGAUAAUAGGAUGAUUUCAAGUGAUUGUUUAUAGGUUUACUCAUUUGGCAUAAGUGUCGGAUAAGGGUCCUCAAAUCUCUUAAACUAAAUAUAUAACAUGAUAGCCUACACAAUGAUAUGCACCAUGAAGUGGUAUAAUACCCUCCUGAUUGGCUCUAGUCAUACGCUCCUAUUCAAGAGCUCGAGCGUGAAAGGUAAGAUCAAUGUCACCCCUUGAUGGUAGAUCCAAUAUUAAUACAAGAGGACAGUGACCCAAAACACCUGUAGUGUUAAGUAGUGUUUGUAGAGUCAAACUGGAAGCAUUAUUAUCACAUACGACUCUGAUCUUACCUUGGGACUAAAAUAUUCUUGGCAUGUUGUUAUUGUUGACUUGGGAAUGUUAACUUAAACAAAAUUAUCAUUGACUGAGAAGUGUCAAGGACAGUCAUCCCUUCGAGUUCCGUGAUACGCUUGUUUAUAUACAACAUAUUUCGUGGUAUACAAGCAAAAGUCAAUGGAAUAAGGCAGUAGUUAUAAACUCUGAGUGUUAACAAUACUAUGGUUAGGUAAUACACUACAGGCUUUUCUUGCCUAAUCGAAAGGUAUUUGAUAGAAGUACAAUAAUGUCAACUUCCCACUAGUGCACGAGUUCCAUGAUGCGUGAGAUUCAAGUAUACAGUAUUACAGACGUUUUCAAGUUAUUGGCACAAUUCAGGCAGGGUAUACGAGAAACAAAUCCGCAUUGUUAACAAUGAGUUUUGUAAAUUUUUAAAUCUUGUUUACAAUGCCAUGUUUGGGUAGCACUUAAUAAGUGGUCCUUGCUUAUUCAGCAGUUUCAGGCAGUUUCUUUGGCUAUUUAAUAUCAUCCUGAUUGUGUUUCCGCCACUAUUCCAGCAUGUUUAUAAUCUUCUUAAAUUAUCGAGACAAUGUCGCUAUUAUGUUGAUCAGACUGACUAAAAUAAGUUUUUUGGAGCGAAGAUAUGCACUUGUGAACGUCAAUAAUCCAAUUUGCUAAGAAUUUGUUAGAUAUAGCGUUUUAAUACUGAAAUCUGAAUUAAUAUUUUCUAUAGCACAUAUAUUGACGUUUGGCGAAGCAUAGGCCUACUUUUUGUCAUGUUUCCCAGGAUUAUUCAUGUAAUCUCUGUGCAGCUUACAAAUGCCAGUUUUGCUUAGGUUUUGCUAUUCAGUAAAUUUUGUGUGUUUACUGUAACAGUUAUAGGAUUAACAAUGAAAAGAAAACAAGUUUCACAGCCAAAUCAUUGACAUUGAAGAAGUCAGAUCAUUGCACUAUAUGUUAUAACACGCGAAUCAUCCCUAAAGUAUCACUAUUCGUUUUUCCAGAGCCUGUUUUAUGACCACUAUAGUAAAACAAAAGAACAUUUCACAGGGAGUAAAGUUGGCUUCCCUAACCGUCGGCGUACCCAGUUAUAUUCACGAAACACUGGCCGUUUUAUUCAAGUCAUAUCCAAAGGAAGAAUUGUGGCGAGAGGGACCGACGGGGACAAAUAUG